UGGACGGACGACGGACAAGUACUUCAAUAAGUCAACUGACAGCCGGAGUACACCAAAUUAUACUUCAACAGCCGUGGUAACAGACCGACUAGUACUUCAGCACAGCAAUACGCGUACUUUAACUGCAGUAUCACCCGUAAUGAGGCGGUAAAUCCAGCUUUCCCACACGGUCUUCAUCCGGAGGGGCGGAUCAUGUGGGCGUCUUGCUGUGCCUGGCUGUGCGUGGACCCUGAUCCUGUGGAGGCGGCUGGUGAUGGAACGCCACAUCAACAGGCCUACACCAAUUCCGCCUUCAGUAGCCACCCCUCCCCUCUUCCUGAACAUGCCUGUAAGGCCUGCGGGGGGCGCUUUGACACACAAGACAGGAAGCAUGUGUGUGUGGACUGUAAGAAGAAUUACUGUGGCCGUUGCUCUGCUCAGCUGGAGCCCAGGCCUCGCCUUUGCCACACUUGUCGACGCUUCUAUGGCUACCUGCUUGAGCGGGAGGAGCUUAUGAAGUUAAAGGUGAAGGACCUAAGAGAUUACCUCCACCUGCAUGAGGUCUCCACCCAGAUGUGCCGAGAAAAGGAGGAGCUGGUGGAGCUGGUUCUUGGACAGCAGACGCCUUCAUCAGGCAGUACCAGCUUUCAGUGCCUGACCCCUGACCCCACCAACAGCACAACUCCCAUCGUCACUCAGCCUGAACCCCCCACCUCUCCCUCUGGGCCGGACCUGCAGGAAGACCAGCAGACUGCUGCUGCUCCAGAGGAAACGGUAGACACUCAGAGUGAGGAGGAGCUGGACCUUCAGUCAUCAGACACAGAGGAGGUGCAGUCUUCUGACCGACGGGCCUCCUUGUCGGACCUCCACUGUCCAGAGGACGUGGAGGCAUUGAGCGUCCGUCAGCUCAAAGAGAUUCUGGCCCGAAACUUCGUCAACUUCAAAGGCUGCUGUGAGAAGUGGGAGCUGAUGGAGAGAGUCACCCGUCUGUACCACGACCAGAAAGACCUGCAGAACCUGGUGUCCAACGCUGCAGAGGGUCCAGAUGGUGCAGAGGACAACCUGUGUCGGGUCUGUAUGGACUCUCCUAUCGACUGCGUCCUGCUGGAGUGCGGUCACAUGGUCACAUGCACUAAGUGUGGGAAGAGGAUGAGCGAGUGUCCUAUCUGUCGACAGUAUGUGGUCCGUGCCGUGCACGUGUUCCGCUCUUGAACAGGACUUCCUGUCUCUGAAGCAAAGCUGAACAAGACAUCCAAAAGGGACCCUGUGACAAACAGCAACAUGCUUUUAUUUUUAACUCAAUUUUUGUAUUCUAGGGGGUGUUAGGGAAUAAAAUCUGCCUUGGGAAAAUUUGUUUUUUUAUUUUUGAGCUUUAUUUUUCUAGUGUAGAAACUGUUGGGAGUUAUUUUGUAUUUUGAGAAGAAUUGUUUUUAUCUUUAAACUCUAUUUUUCUAGUCUACAUAGAAUGGGAGUUAUUUCCUAACUUGAGAAGUGACUUAGAGGUUGUGAAGGAAUAUCAGAGAUGGUUUUUUUUUCUAUCCUCAAGGAUUUGAUUAUUUGACGCUGUGGUUCCUCUCUGAGUGGGCAGUGCUUUUACAGGUCUUCCAGGAUCUGCUUCAAUGUCAGUCCACCAAUGAAGCAGAUCAGCUGAGCAACCGGUCACGUUAGCAUGAUAUGACAUAGCAGUAAUGCUAAUUAAGGACCUGGAAGUUUUUCAGAGGGAAAUUAACUUACUUCCAUUAAACUGAGUGACAGACAGUUUAAGAUGAAUUGAACCUGUGAUGGCCUGGUGGUCUGUCCAGGGUGUCUCCCCGCCUACCGCCCAAUGACUACUGGGAUAGGCUCCAGCAUCCCCGUGACCCUGAGAGCAGGAUAAGUGGUUUGGAAAAUGGCUGGAUGGAUGUCCUUCUAAAAUGUCUGAAUAUUAAUCAAUGGAAACUAAUCCACCCUGGUCCCUGUUACUCCUUUGGCCCAGGGAACUCUGGGAUAUUCUGGGAUAUGUGUGUUUCCUGCUUGACCUACUCAGAGCUCAACCACAGAAAUGAGCAACAUUUCCAAGUGAUCCCUCAUUAAAAGUUAAAUCAAGGUAAUCAGGGAACAGGUCAAAAAAGCAUCUGUCCAGGAAGUGAAACCUUAAUCACAACUUCUCCAGAAAUGACCAGCAACACGGAGCCCUCCUCCACAACUCUGGAGGGGAAACGGACAAACAUGAUGAACUUUUUUUUUUUGUCCUACGGCUUUCGGACUCUACAUGUGCUUCUGUCGAUGUGUGAUAGUCAAAGCUUAUUGAAACAUGGCCAACAUGGCUAAACAGACUAGAAAUAGGGAGACAUAAUGGGGACUGGCCAGACCACCCAGCAACCGCUCACAUUAGGCUCUUCAGUGGGUCUCUGCAGAGUCCAGACACAUGUAGAUCUUCAUGGUUGGACCUAAAACUUUCCUGAUGUUCCCUACUGAGGAAUUUUGUUCAAUGCUGUAGGAACCACAGGUGUAUACAUUUGUUGUGUGUGUUUGGUUUCAAUUUGUGGGAUCAUUACUGAAUCCCUCCUAGACGCCAUGAUGCUGUGGUGCUGCGUUCAGCUAUUGGACCGGGAUAGCUGGCUUUGUGAGCAGGAUUAUUUGCAACAGGAGGGGUGCAGCUGGAUGGUAGUUGGCCCUCUCACAUUUUAAAAGACCUAAAUUCCCUGCAGAUCACCUUAAAAGCUACCUCCCCUGACCAGCACUAAUGAUGCCUGCCUUUCAGGACUAAUUCAACUUGUAGUUUGCAGAGAAGGUACUGAUGUAGGCUACCACAUACACUUGACUGAUGCUGCAGCCUGUCAGUCUACAUUAAAAGUAAAUAUGAAUAAAUAAAUUCUGAUUCACAUACAUUUGUCUAUGUAAUCAGAUGUCUGAACAUAUUUUCAAAUUGUUUUGAAUCCUCUUUAUAUGUCCACAUUUAUUUAUUUAUUCUUCUAUCAAUUCAUUUAUUGUGGUGCUCUGCGUCCCAAACACCCCAUGUCAAGUCUUCAGUCUCUGAGCGUGAAGUUGUCUGAUAACACCAGUCCUGUUGUGACUGGACGGUCAGGAAAAUGAUUUGGCCUAAAAUGGAAAAACCCCGUCUUCCUCUUCUGAGUCUCUCUGCCUUUGAGAAAAGUGCCUUGAAAUGAAGGUCGAGGUGGGUCAGCAUGGAGCUGAGAUUAACAACAGGAUUUGUUCCUUUACCUGAGCUUCACCUUGUGUCUCAUGUGUCAGCAGUUGCAUGAAGAACUCGUGUUGUUCUUGUGUGGGGUGACAAAGGCCUGUCAUUUCUUCUUUGUGGGACUUUGUUUCUUGGAGAUUGUUUGUUUUUUAUUGUCCUGAUGUCUGAGAAGUGCUUUUGUCACUAUGCUGAGGUGUUUUUUAUUGUCCUGGACGUCUGAGAAGUGCUUCUGUCACCGUGCUGAGAUGUUUUUUAUUGUCCUGGACGUCGGAGAAGCACUUCUGUCACCAUGCUGAGAUGUUUGUUAUUGUCCUGGACGUCUGAGAAGUACUUCUGUCACCAUGCUGAGAUGUUUGUUAUUGUCCUGGACGUCUGAGAAGUGCUUCUGUCAUUGUGCUGAGAUGUUUUUUAUUGUCCUGGACAUCUAAGAAGUGCUUCUGUCACUGUGCUGAGAUGUUUUUUAUUGUCCUGGACGUCUGAGAAGUACUUCUGUCACUGUGCUGAGAUGUUUUUUAUUGUCCUAGACGUCUGAGAAGUGCUUCUGUCACUGUGCUGAGAUGUUUUUUAUUGUCCUGGACGUCUGAGAAGUGCUUCUGUCACUGUGCUGAGAUGUUUUUUAUUGUCCUGGACGUCUGAGAAGUGCUUCUGUCACCGUGCUGAGAUGUUUUUUAUUGUCCUGGACGUCUAAGAAGUGCUUCUGUCACUGUGCUGAGAUGUUUUUUAUUGUCCUGGACGUCUGAGAAGUGCUUCUGUCACCAUGCUGAGAUGUUUUUUAUUGUCCUGGACGUCUGAGAAGUGCUUCUGUCACCGUGCUGAGAUGUUUUUUAUUGUCCUGGACGUCUAAGAAGUGCUUCUGUCACCGUGCUGAGAUGUUUUUUAUUGUCCUGGACGUCUAAGAAGUGCUUCUGUCACUGUGCUGAGAUGUUUUUUAUUGUCCUGGACGUCUGAGAAGUGCUUCUGUCACCAUGCUGAGAUGUUUGUUAUUGUCCUGGACGUCUAAGAAGUGCUUCUGUCACCGUGCUGAGAUGUUUUUUAUUGUCCUGGACGUCUGAGAAGUGCUUCUGUCACUGUGCUGAGAUGUUUGUUAUUGUCCUGGACGUCUGAGAAGUGCUUCUGUCACCGUGCUGAGAUGUUUUUUAUUGUCCUGGACGUCUGAGAAGUGCUUCUGUCACCGUGCUGAGAUGUUUUUUAUUGUCCUGGACGUCUGAGAAGUGCUUCUGUCACCGUGCUGAGAUGUUUUUUAUUGUCCUGGACGUCUGAGAAGUGCUUCUGUCACUGUGCUGAGAUGUUUGUUAUUGUCCUGGACGUCUGAGAAGUGCUUCUGUCACCGUGCUGAGAUGUUUUUUAUUGUCCUGGACGUCUGAGAAGUGCUUCUGUCACCGUGCUGAGAUGUUUUUUAUUGUCCUGGACGUCUGAGAAGUGCUUCUGUCACUGUGCUGAGAUGGAGGGAAGCUGUACACACACCGAACACUCUAACCAGCUGUGAACCUCAUGGUUUAAGGCUGUGGGUAACCGGGUAGCAGGGGUUUAUUCCGUUGCCUACCAACAUGUGGAUCGCCGGUUCGAAUCCCAGUGUUACCUCUGACUCGGUUGGGCAUCCCUACAGACACAAUUGGCCGUGUCUGUGGGUGGGAAGCCAGGUGUGAGUAUAUGUCCUGGUCGCUGCACUAGUGCCUCCUCUCGUCAGUCGGGGCGCCUGUACAGGGGGGAGGGGGAACUGGGGGGAAUAACGUGAUCCUGCCACGCGCUACGUCCCCCUGGUGAAACUCCUCACUGUCAGGUGAAAAGAAGCAGCUGGUGACUCCACAUGUACUGGAGAAGACGUGGUAGUCUGCAGCCCUCCCCGGAUCAGCAGAGAGGGUGCAGCAACAACCAGGACAGCUUGGAAGAGUGGGGUAAUUGACCAAGUAGAAUUGGGGAGAAAAGGAGAGGAGGGGGAAUUCAAGACUGCUCAAAUGUAGUGCAAAGCAAAACAUUAUCUACUUCCUGGCAACAUGCAACACCUGUUCUCACAUGGGGGGGGGGGGGGAUGUCCUUUUGAGAAACACUUCGUACCACUCGCACAAGUAUUUCAAAUGUUAGGGUAAGUUUGUUAUUGUUGUUUCUUGAAAAUCAUUAUUAUUGUUUUCUUUCUUUUUGUUGUUUUAUUGUUUUUAUUGAGUCAUUGUGAGAUAAUUGUUGAGAAUGACGCACUCAGACGUGUAAAAAACUUUUAUUAUUUAGGUUUGUUAACUGAGCAUUAGAGAGGGGGCAGCACAUCAUAAGUAGUCACUUCCUCCUGCUGCUUUUCCAACUGGAUUCUUGCUGAAUUCUUCUGGUUUUCUUGUCAUCAUGUUUUCUUUGUUUGUUUGUUUGUUUGUUUGUUUGUUUGUUUUGUUUAUGCUCAGUCAUGUGUUCUUUUAUUUGGCAUGUUGUAAAUAAAGACAUUUGAA